ACCUCACCAGCCUUGGAUUCCCUGCUAACCCCAUUCCACCAACGCAACCCCCACACACACACACGCCUCUGACUGUGUGUUUGUGUGUAAAUGUGUGUGUCAGCUCACCCAGUAAGGUAGGGAGCAUCCAGUGACCAAGCCAUGACCGGCAGCCACACACUCACAUUGCACUUUUGCAUUUAGUAUUUGGAUCAUUCGCAUUUCCUGUUGGAUCAAUACAUUUGUUGUUGGGUUUUGUUUUUGUUUUUUUGCCUGCUGGGAAAAGACCAGACAGGGAGUAAAACAACCACUGUCUGCCUCCUGGAAAGCCUGAAACAUGGCACACGUCCAGAGGGUGCAGAAGAAGACCAGCACCAUGUCCCUGACCAUCUCCUCUUCUGCCUCUUCAUCCUCCUCUCGAGAGCUCUCCUCCUGCUCCUCCAGCUCCUCCUCCUCCUCCGCCUUCCUCACUCAGAGACACUCCAGCCUGGUGCAGCCGCUGUGUGUCAGCCCUCAGAGGAAUCAGAGUCCCAUCUACAAUCCGCAGUAUUCAGGGAACGGAGUCCCUCCAACUUUUGUUAAGUGUCUCCAUGAUGUGUCUACAGUGAAGGGUCAGUUGGUGGUCCUGGAGUGCAGACUGAGGGGGACUCCUCCCCUGCAGGUCAUAUGGUACAGAGAAGACGAGCAAGUGCUGGACUCUGAUGACUUUAGGAUACUACGCAAGAAGGCCAGUUCUGCAUCAGUGCCAGAGGAGUUGUGCACGUUGGUGAUCACUGAGGCCUUCCCAGAAGACUCUGGCCUUUUUAAAUGUGUGGCCCUCAACUCCUUCGGCACAGUCUCCUGCUCAGCAGUCCUGGAGGUUUACAACGACCUGGAGGAGCAGCUGGAGAUCGAGGCCAUUCGUCAACAAGAAACAGUUUCUCUCAGACAGGAAACGGAGGCGGUGCGCCACCAGGAGAGUUCCUCCUCUAUAAGGAGCAGCAAGGACUUUCCCUCUGAGCUGCCUGACUCCAUGACCCUCCCUCCUCCUGAGUGGCCUGACAGCCCUCCAGUAGAUAACAUGCCUGUUGCAGAUUUUCCAGAGCCUCAGCCAGCCAACCACUUCUCUGAAGAACCCUUUGGUCGCAGCGAGGAGGAGAGUGCCUUGAGCUCAGGGGGACAAAGGUCAACAGUCCAAGCCUGUACGCCCAGCCCCCCUCCUCCACCCUCACCACCACCACCAACCCAAGCCAAGGGGACAAACCAGACGCCCAAACUGUUCAACCCAAGCAAGCUCAGUUUCUCUGUAAGAACGGUUGUUGUGAUAUUUAGUAUUUAUUUGGCCUCAUGUGUGUAG